GUCAGCGCCCAUGGGUCAAUGACACACGCGAUGACAACAUUGCCUGUCGUGCGUAGUACCAGUAUGUCGGUGUAACAUGUUAAAAAAACGGGCUUUCUUCCUGAAAACUCAUUAACCCCAACAAGAUUUAUUCCACCGAUUAUUUAUUUUAGACGCUGUUUCGAUCACUAUGGGGAAAACAGACGAUUUAAAGACAUUAUUGUGCGAUCUGACAUUUGAAAAGGUGGAUGAGAAAACUUUGUCGGGCAGUCAGGACGGUUUUUGCCGUGCGUUGUCUGUCUGGUUGAACAAGCCUCAUGUUGUGAACCGGCGGUUGUCAGGUGCUCAGAUCCUGUGUACAUUAGUGACAGACCUGAGAUUAGGCUCCGUUAGUCUCAUACAAGUUAUCGGUGACAUUUUACUCAAAUAUGAAGACGACAGAACAUGCGGAGCAGUUGAUAAACAUCUUGAUUCGGAGCGUCUAGCAGUUGACGUAGACAAUUUAGAUGCAGUUGAUCCUUCCUCCACUGUGAUUGUUCUGAGAGAUCUUCACCCCAAGCAGCUGGAUAGAUACUUGAUUCUGCGGGAAUUAGUAAUAUUUGACAAACUUGAGCAGACAGCAUUGUUUUGUCCAAUCUCCAAACGCAGCUGUAAAACUGAUGCCAGCCAUCGAGGAGAGCUAACUCAGGUGUCACAUACAGAGAUUAACAGCUGUCUGCAGAGAGAGUUAAAAUACAGGGUUUCCUUCAAGCCAGGGUCAGAUGAAAGUGACAGCAGUGUGUUGAUGGAGUAUAGCUACAACAGUGAGUUGGAGACAUCUGCUAAACCCCAAUCCCACGUGACCACUGAAUGGCUGAGAGAUGUAUUACUGGUAAAGCUGUGUAGAUGGGCUGAGCUGGAGAACCUCAGGACUGAAGUAACAUCUCUGAAACUGGUGCCUGUAGACAAGUAUGCUCUUAAAUAUCAGCACUUGAAACAGAAAUAUGGGACAGAGCUGGUCAAGAUUUGGCCUGAAAGUACAGAUCCUCAGAAAUUUGUUUACGAAGACAUUGCAAUAGCAACAUAUUUACUGUUAUUGUGGGAGGAGGAAAGGCAGAAGACAGGACUGACACACAGACAGAGGUUUGUGGACCUGGGCUGUGGAAAUGGACUACUUGCCUACAUUCUAACAAUGGAAGGGCACAGAGGGCUUGGGAUAGACGUGAGAAGACGAAAGAUUUGGGACAUGUUUGGAUCCACUGUAAAUCUUCAGGAGUCCUCUAUUACUCCUUCAGCUUGCAGUUUGUUUCCUGAAUAUGAUUGGCUGAUAGGUAACCAUAGUGAUGAACUAACUCCAUGGAUACCUGUCAUGGCAGCGAGGUCUUCCUACACCUGUAGUUACUUUGUGCUGCCGUGUUGUCUGCAUGACUUUGAUCGGCGGUUCAGUCUGAAGGAGUCAGGGAGGAGUCAGUACAGAACUUACCUGGAUUUUGUCAUGGAGGUGGGAAAGGUCUGCGGCUUUGAGGUUCUAGAGGAUACCCUACGCAUACCAUCAACAAAGAGGGUGUGUUUUGUGGGCAACAAGAGAACAUAUAAUCCAACAGAGGAAUCUGACAUUGAUGAGCAGAGAUCUCACUACAUUGCACAGAGAUGUCUGAAAACACCUAUCCGAAAUAAGAUCAGUUCCAGCAGCAUAACACCAAUGUCAUCAGGGCAAAGAUCGAGGGAGAGUGACUCUGAAACUUUCCCAGAAACAAAAAGGGGCAGACUGGAUCUCCCUGCUGGAUGCCAGGAAAGUCCCUCUCAUGGGGCAGGUUCAGAUCAGGCUAAUACUGAAACAGAACAAUGGGCUUCAGAAUUUCAGCCAAGAAACAGUAAGGAAUGUUCCAGAAACUGUAGAGAUGUGGACAGAGGUACGAAAGAAGGUAUUGUGAUGAAGGUGUUUGAGAGGGUGCUGGCAGCAGAUAGGGAUGAGGUCAAGGUCACUGCAGAUGGACGGACGUGGCACAUAGGAGGAUCUUUGCCUCUGCCAGAAGCGGCGGCCAUGUUUGAUCGUGAUGUGCUACAACAGUUAAAGUGUGAAUGUGGAGGGAUUCAGACAUUGCUGCGUAACUACCAUUAUAUAUUUGAAGUCUUUGGCGGUUGUGUUCGUCUGAGGGAUACUUCUAUUCCUCGACCACCAAAAAGAUCUAAGAAGAAAAGUUCCAAGGGCAAUCCAAAGGACUUGAACAAAACAUUUCUGUGUUGGUUUCAUGAUCAUCACCCUGAUGGCUGCCCAAGUACUGAUCUGGCCUGUAGUUACGCUCAUGGCCCUGCUCAGCUAAGGGAGAGACCAAACAUUGACCCGUCCUGAUAUUUGGUGAUGUUUGUAAAUAAAAUUUAAAAUAAAAUCACUAGUUAAGAAUGACAUAAUUGUACACCAGUUCUCAGCCAUUCAUGCCCACAGCCUUCGAAGUAAUAGUUGUAUGAGUUUCAAGGUCAGUUGCUAUUGACGUCAUUGAGGUGCCUCCCAGAUAUUCGUCACUAUUCUGAGAAGAAGUCAUGGAGAUUCCGACACCUUGUUCACUGUUCCAGGAGCCUCGGUGACAGUAAACUGUCUGCAGCGAUCGUAAGACCAUUGACCUUGAUAGAGUCACACACCGAG